CAGGACUGGGGCUGUACUCACACAAAGACACCAGAGUUACCAGCAAGAGCCAGGAGAGUGAGAGCAAAGGAAAGGAACUGGGAGCAAGAGAUGCCUGGCGUAUUUGGCACCGUGUGUGGGGGCAGAAAGAAGAAGAAGAAGUACAAGCCAGAAUCUGAAGUGUUGGAACAAGAAGUACAGCCCGUCAGUAGUCAGGGACUCAAAACCUUCAAGAAAAUGGGCCUGUCAGGUGACGAUGAUGUGAACGCCAUGCUUUGUGGUUCCAACCUCUGGAAGAUUAGGCCUGGAUGGCAUGCAGCCAGAUUAUACCGCCUGGAAUCUGAUGGAAUGACCGUCUGGUACGAGAGCCAAGCUAAGAAGGCACGCUCCAAACAGAUCUUCUCCGUCCUGCACAUUGAAUCCGUACGGGAAGGCCAUCAGUCCGAAGGGCUACAAAAAUAUGGCCGCCGCUUUCCUGAGACAUGCUGCUUUACCAUUGCCUUCAAGGGGAGGAGAAAAAACUUGGAUCUUGCAGCAUCUUCUGAAAAGGAGGCUCUGAACUGGGUGCAGGGGUUACAGAAGCUCAUGAAACGGGCCGAGGCAAUGAGCCAGAGGGAGAAAUUAGUUCACUGGAUAUGGGAUUAUCUCCGCCAAGCUGACAGAGAUGGAGAUGAAAAGAUGACAUUCCAAGAAGUGAAGGAUAUGCUGAAGAUGAUAAACAUUGACUUGAAUGAUAUCUAUGCUUACAACCUUUUCAAGGCCUGUGACCGCUCCAAUACAAACACACUGGAGGACCAUGAGAUAGAGGAGUUCUGCACUAAGCUCAUGCACCGCCCUGAGGUGGAGGAAAUAUUCCAUCAUUACUCAGGAGAGGAUCGGGUACUGUCUGCUGAGGAACUGCAGGAAUUCCUGCAAGCGCAGGGGGAAGAUGCCACGCUGGAGAGGGCAAAGGAGCUUAUUCAAAAAUAUGAGCUCAAUGAGACAGCCAAGCAGCAUGAUCUGAUGAUGAUGGAAGGGUUCAUGAUGUACCUGUUGUCAGAUGAUGGAGAUAUCUUCAAUCAGAAGCAUAGGAUGGCGUACCAGGACAUGACCCAGCCACUGUGCCACUACUUCAUCUCCAGCUCCCACAAUACGUACCUGACCAACCACCAACUGGUGGGAGAAAGCAGCACAGAGUCGUACAUCAGAGUAUUCAUGGAAGGCUGCCGUUGUGUGGAACUGGACUGCUGGGAGGGGCCGUCGGGAGAACCAGUCAUUUACCACGGACACACGCUGACCUCAAAAAUCCUCUUUAAAGAUGUGGUGACCACCAUAAGAGACUAUGCUUUCAAAAAUUCCCCCUAUCCUGUAAUCCUGUCCCUGGAGAAUCACUGUGGCUUGGAGCAGCAAGUGAAAAUGGCGAACCAUCUACGUGAGAUCCUGGGAGACAUGCUUGUGACUAAGCCUCUGCCUGGUGCAGACACCGCUCGGCUUCCUUCUCCAGAGGCAUUAAAGGGCAAGUUUUUACUCAAGGGGAAGAAAUUAAAUAAUCGCAAGUCUGUAGAGGAAGAGGAAGGAAAACCCCGAAUGGAUACAGCCAAAGAGCUCUCAGACCUGGUGGUAUACUGUCAGACUGUGGAGUAUCGGGGACAGCCAGGAAACGUGUGUGAGAUGAGUUCCUUCAGUGAAGACAAAGUGCGCAGAUUGAUAAAAGACUCAGGAAUCAAUCUAGUGCGCUAUAAUGCCCGGCAACUGAGUCGCAUCUACCCAGAUGGUCUGCGGGCAAACUCUUCUAAUUACUGCCCCCAGGAGAUGUGGAACGCAGGCUGCCAGCUUGUGGCUCUGAAUUUCCAAACACCGGGCUACACGAUGGAUUUAAAUCGAGGUCGAUUCCAGGACAAUGGACUCUGCGGAUAUGUCCUAAAGCCUGAAUUCCUGAGAAAAGAGGAUAGUUACUUUAACCCAGAUUCUCCAAGCAAAGAGCCAAAGCUCCUUUUUGUCAAGGUCAUUUCAGCUCAGCAGCUGCCAAAACUCAACAAGGAGAAGCCCAACUCUAUUGUAGAUCCAUUUGUACGUGUGGAAAUUCAUGGAGUGGGGAAAAAGAAAGAAAAGGAAACUAAAUACAUCCUCAAUAAUGGUUUUAACCCUUACUGGAAUGAGAUACUUCAACUAGAAGUUCAAGUCCCAGAGUUGGCUCUUGUUAGGUUUGUAGUGGAAGACUAUGACAAAACGUCGAGUAAUGAUUUUGUUGGACAAUACACAUUACCUUUCCUCAGCCUAAAGCAAGGAUACCGCCAUGUUCACCUGUUGUCCAAGGAUGGAGCCUCACUGUCCCCUGCUACAUUGUUUGUGCAAAUCCGUAUCGAGGACUUGUAAAGCCAAUAGUAAUAAAGGUGGGGUGACCUCUGGUCUCUUCUAGAUUUCUCUGUACCACCACCAAUAAUGGUUGUGCCAGCCUCUCUCAGCCUUUUCAGCCAGCUGCCCCCAGUGCCUUAUUGUUUGUGGCCAUACCAAUCCUAAAGGAAAGAUGGAGGAUGAGAGGAAGGAGCAGCAGCACUUAAAUUUUUUUAUUGAAAGGAAACGGCUAUUGCAGUAUUCGCAGGAGGAUCAUGGACUAUGUUCUGUGCCAUUCAGUGCCCACCUUCUGUACAGUGUGCCACAGGCUUAUGUGCCAUGUAUUCCCUGUUACACAUAUCCUGGCACUUUAUACAAAAGCAUUCUCGCUCCCUGUUUGAAUGAAGCCUGGAUUUAAAGGCAACAUUUCCCCAGAUCAGAUAAACAUAUCAAAUACAUAUCAACAGGCCACCAUGUUUUUUACGUGCAGCUCCAGUUCAUUUUUAGAAAUGUAAGUAUGCACCAUGCAGCUAAUAAACCCAAUAAAGAGCGUGCAUUUUCCUAUAGUUUUGCAGUGUAAAUAGUUGUACCAUGAAGAUCAGCUGUAUGUGGAUUUAAUGUUUAAUUUUGAAACCCCAACAUAG